AUGGCUGUAGAAACAGUAUCAUUUCGAGAUGCUGUUGGGAAUGUUGAUCUUUUGGAUGAUUUGAUACUUCUGGACAAUCAGCCAUGCAUUGAGGCACAACCAAUACCGUUGGAAUAUCGUAUUUCAUUUAAUACGAAUUUCGAGGAUAGAAAUGCUUAUGUGACAGGUGUUUCGAAGUACAUUGAGGAAGCUACGCGACAUGCAGAAUUUAAUGAUAUGUUAUUGGAAGGUUUCGAACAUGCUGCUCAUCUAUAUACCUGGAGAUGUUGUUCACGAGCUGUUCCCAUGGCAAAAUCAAAUGACCAGCCGAAUCGAGUUGAAAUAAAUGAAAAAGUUGUCGAAGUGCUGAAUCCCGAAGUGCAAAAAUUGCACCGUUUUAUGCACUUUGCGAAUAAAGCGAUUUCACGUUUUUGCGACGAAAUGAAACGUUUGUGUCAUCCGGAGAAACGAAAAGAUUUUGUAUCCGAGGCAUACUUAUUAACACUUGGGAAGACGUUGAACAUGUUUGCAGUGCUUGAUGAAUUGAAAAAUAUGAAAGCAUCAAUUAAAAAUGAUUUUUCUACAUUUAGAAGAUCAGCUCAGUUCUUGCAAGUUAUGUCGGACACAAAGACUUUACACGAAAUGCAAAAUUUGAGUAUGUUUUUAGCAACUCAAAACAAAAUCAAGGAUACGCUCAAAAAUGAAUUACAGUCGAUUGAAAGUUAUGAGGAAGUUUUGGCCGAUGUUGUUAAUAUCUGCGUAAUACUAUUCGAAAAUCACAUGUAUAUCACCCCUGCUGAGCGACAUAUGUUUGUUAAAGUAAUAGCUUUUGCGUUGUUCUUAAUGGAUGGUGACAGUGCAAAUGUUUCAAAGUUAGAUCAACGGAAACGGAUCAGUAUUUCUAAGCUUGACAAGAUUUUCCAGUCACUUGAAGUGGUGCCAUUAUUUGGCGAUAUGCAAAUCCAGCCGUUCUUAUUUGUUAGGAGGUCUCCCCAUUUUGAAGUUUCAAAAUGGCCAAAUGCAAGCAGUGAAGGUGAAAAAUGUCACGUCAAUAUCACGGAGAAAUUGAAAACGAUACGUGAACAACAUUUGGAAUACAUUACAAAUCUCUCUCGAGUUAAUAAUGAGGUUGCUGUUUAUGAUAGGGAUGGACCACGCAGUGAUAGCGAAAAUCGAGAAAUGACCCAGUUAAUGUUGGGUGGUAUCCAACUUCUUUGUAGCUGGACUAGUGAUGUUGUGGAAACAGUUUCAUGGAAAUUACUUCAUCCAACUGAUCAUCGUACUAAUCCAGCUUGUCCAGAAACAGCGGAAGAGUAUGAACGAGCCACGAAGAUUAUUCAAUCAAUAUGCGAUACCUGUGUAGAUAAUUGUACUGGAAAUUUUGAUCCACAUUCUAUUGAAAUAGGUAAAUCAAAGAAGCAGCGACAUUCUACAGUAGGAUCAAUCAAUGAUAUUCGUGCGGCACGUCGAUCCGUUGCACCAAGUAGUACGCAGUUAUAUAUGGCACGCACAAUGACCGAGUCGUUGAUUUCGGAACGAAGUGGUAGCAAAAAAAUAUUGCGUAAAGACAUCGAAUCGAAAUAUAUAGAACGCUUGGCACAUUUUUUACGCAUAAGUUUUCACUGGCCUGCGCUUCUUGCUUUUUCCGAAACAUUGAGUGAAUGUUGUGAACUUUCGCAGUUAUGGUUUCGUGAAUUUUAUCUGGAAAUGACAAUGGGACGCCGUAUCCAGUUUCCUAUCGACAUGUCUGUGCCAUGGAUUUUGACUGAUUACAUCUUGAUAAGCCAAGACCCUGCUUUAAUUGAAUCCAUCUUUUACCAACUUGAUUUAUAUAACGAUGCCGCUGAUUAUGCAUUAAAGAAAUUCAAAAAGCAGUUUUUAUAUGACGAAGUUGAAGCCGAAGUGAAUUUAUGUUUUGAUCAAUUUGUUUUCAAAGUGAGCGAUGCCGUUUUCACCUAUUAUAAGCAGCUGGCUUCAAACAUGUUGCUCGACAAGCGUUUCAAAGCAGAUUGUCAAGCAUUGGGGAUAACGAUUCGUGCACCACCUCAUUAUCGAUAUGAAACUUUGCUGUGUCAGCGACAUGUUCAGCUUCUGGGUCGAUCAAUUGAUUUAAAUCGUUUGAUAAGCCAGAGGAUCAACACAGCUAUUAUUCGUGCCCUUGAUGUUGCCAUUUCGAAAUUUGAAUCUGAAGAACUGUCUUCCAUCGUUGAAUUGGAUAACUUACUGGAAACGAAUCGUCUGUGCCAUCGUCUUUUAAGUGAACAUUUGGGGUCGAUCUCUGAUUUUAAUGAACUUUUAUGCGAAGCAAAUCAUAGCGUUUCAGCGCCAUAUGGACGUAUCACCUUACAUGUGUUUUGGGAGCUGAAUUAUGAUCUCAUACCCAACUUUUGUUAUAAUGGCUCUACACGUAGAUUUGUUCGAUCACUGGUGAAAGACUCAAAACUCAAGGUCCCACAGCGAGAACGUCCACCUUCAGCCGCUGUGCACUAUUUCUGGGGUUCAAAAUCGUUGCAUGCAGCGUUUACAAACUUAUACUCACUGUAUAAUGGAUUUAUUGGAUUACCACAUUUAAAAGCGGUGGCUCGUUUAUUGGGUUAUCAGGGGAUAGCAAUUAUUUUGGAGGAACUAAUUAAGAUCGUGCGCAAUUUGGUAAAUGGUCCAUUGCGUGGUCAUGUAAGAUCUAUUUUUAAUCUAAUGCCGAAAGUAUGUAAACUGCCAAGAUUUGAUUAUGGAUCACCUGCUGUGUUGGAGUAUUAUAUCGCCCAUUUAACUAAUGUUGGACGCUAUGCCGAACUUAAAAAGGAUGUCUGUCAAGUACUUCGUGAACUUGGUAACAUAAUUGUUUUUUGCUUACAAUUUGAAUUAGCCUUAGCGCAGGAAGAAAUCAUGGAUUUGUUGACAGCUGCACCGUUUACAAAGAUUAUUCCACGUCAACCAGCGAAAAAGAUUGAAGAACAGGAACUGAAAAUGAAGCAACUGGAGCAGAAAUAUGCACGCAUUCAGAUUUCUGCUGUUGUUGAACAGAUUGGUGACGAAAAGCAGAAAGCGAUUUCUCGCGAAGCGGAACUGCUGACGAAAGAACGUCUUUGCUGUGGAUUAAAUAUUUUUGAGAUGUUUCUUUUGAAACUUAAGGAGAUUUUAUCAAUGGAUACCAUUUGGACUGGUGGCUUCCCUAGCAAUGGGGUGAUGUGGUUAGAUGAAUGCGUAGAAUUCCAUCGUUUAUGGUCAGCGCUUCAGUUUUUCUUCUGUCAACCAUCGCUUUUAGGGCAGGAAGGUUUGAAUCCGUCCACUGAACCACUAGUCGAAGCUCACUUUGGCGAUGGUUUACAUUGGGCAGGUUGUGCAAUAAUCGCUGUAUUGAAUCAGCAUCGCCGAUUCGAAGUCCUUGAUUUUAGUUAUCAUCUUUUACGAGUUCAUCGUGCUGAUGGGAAGGAUAACGUCGUUCAUGGCAUUAAGCUUUCUCGAAUGGUCGAAAGAAUUCGUCGAUUCCAAUUGUUAAACAAUCAGAUCUUUGGAGUGUUGAAUAAUUAUCUUAAUUCAAUCAACGAAAAUGGCGAAGAAGUGAUGGAAGAGCAAAUCCGUGAAUUUGCACCACCCAUCCUAUUGGAGAGAAGGGAAGUGGAUUUGCAUGAAGAUUUAACUAAAGCAGAGAAUUUGGAAUGGCUUCUUUUAAUUUACAUUGAGGAUCCCUAG